UGGGGGACCUGAAACGAAGACUACCGCUUUAAAAACUCAGUUCAAAGUUCAUGCUGCACGUGGUCAAACCAACAUGGUAGCGCCCUGUACGUUUGAGUGAGAAGCGGAAUCGAACCUCAACGGAAGGCAGCAGGGUAAUGGCAGAUGUUCGUGGCAGCCCAGUGGCCGACACACCACCCUCGAAGGAGGAGAAACCCGGCGACCUCCCCCAGGACUCCAGCAAUGACGGUGUGGAGUCUGAUGUCAAAGCCGACGAUGAGAGCGGGGCCGCCUCCGACCCCAGCGUGUACCGCUACAUCAAAGAGGACCUCUUCACAUCUGAGAUCUACAAGGUGGAGAUCCGGAAUCUACCCAAGUUCAUCGGCUUCAACGACCUGAAGAAGUUCCUGGCCAAGCACAGCCUCAGUCCGCACAAAAUCAAGCUGUUUGGCAAGCAGACGUUCGCUUUCGUCACCUUUAAGAAUGAGGAGGAGCGCGACAAGGCCAUGAAGAUGGUGCAUGGCAUGCCGUGGAAGGGCCAGGUGCUGAGCGUCAGGCUGGCCAAACCCAAAGCGGAUCCCAUCCUGAGGAAGAGGAAGCAGGACGAGGGGGAGGGCGCGGGAGCACAGCCCCCAUGCAAGCGAGCAGAGGGGGGUGAGGAAGAGGAGCCGCUCAGUGUCCAGAUAGCCAACGUGGUGACUCCUCUGUGGAAUGUGCCUUAUGAGGAGCAGCUGAGGAGGAAGGAGCAGGAGGUGGUGGGGGUUCUGCAGAGGCUCGCCAAAGAGAUCGGAAGCACCAACAAAGCCAUGCUGCCAUGGCUGUUUGCACAGAAAGGGAAAUACAACAAAAUGUGUUGUCCCCUGGAAGCUAUUCAACAAUCUCCUAACCAGACGGCGUACAGAAACAAGUGCGAGUUCCUCAUCUCCGUGGGGGCAGAUGGGGAGGACAAGACCAUCGGUUUCCGCCUGGGCAAAUACAAAGGAGGGUCCUGUGCUGUGGUGGGGCCCGCUGAGACGUGCCAUGUCUCAGCCGAGGCCAAGAGAGUGGUCAGCGAGUUUCAGAGGUUCAUCAGGAAAACACCGUACUGUGUGUACAGUCCUGAGACAUAUGAAGGACACUGGAAGCAGCUGACUGUACGGACUACGAGAACCAAAGAAGCCAUGGCCAUGGUGUUUUUCAACCCACAGAAACUUGAAGAAGAGGAACUCGAGGCUCUAAAGAGCUCCAUGAAGGACUACUUUACAGAAGGAGAGGGGAAAGACAGCGGCGUGACCUCUCUUUACUUUGUCAGAGAGGGUCAGAGAAAAUCUCCUAACCCAGAGGACUUGCCCUGUGAGCUGGUGGCUGGAGAGAGCUGCAUUCACGAAGAACUGCUGGGCCUAAAAUUCCGAAUAUCCCCUCAUUCCUUCUUCCAGGUGAACACAGGUGCUGCAGAAGUGCUGUACUCUGCUGUGGGGGAAUGGGCCCAGCUGGAUCAGGACAGCACAGUACUGGAUGUGUGCUGUGGGACAGGAACCAUCGGCAUCUCUCUGGCUAAGAGGGUAAAGAAGGUGAUUGGGAUCGAGCUGUGCCAGGAAGCAGUGGAGGACGCAAAAGUUAAUGCAAAGCUCAACGGUCUAAGUAACAUCGAGUUUCACUGUGGAAAAGCUGAGGACGUGUUUCCCAACAUUCUCAGUGCUCUCGUGUCACCCAGUGUCACAGCCAUCGUGGAUCCACCCAGGGCAGGCCUACAUUCCAAGGUGAUACUUGCCAUCAGGAGAGCAGAGCACCUGAAGAGGCUGGUUUAUGUGGCGUGUAAUGCAAAGGCAGCCAUGAACAACUUCAUUGAUCUGUGCAGAGCACCAUCCAACAGAGUACACGGAGCCCCAUUCCGUCCAGUGCGAGCCAUGGCCGUGGAUCUGUUCCCUCAGACCAUGCACGUUGAGAUGCUUCUGCUGCUGGAGAGAGUGGACUACGACUCCCAGCAACAGCAGACCAGCAGCAAACAGGGAGACACAGCUUCUUAGCCUUAGAAACACUCUGUAGGUUAAUAGGUGGCGUUGGCUUUCCAUACCAGAAAUUUACAUUCAGUUCAGUUCAUCCAAACAACCUAACAAUUUUAGCACUCACCAGUGUCUCGACCACGUAAGUCCUCUUAUGUCAUAAUGCAGAAUUAAUGUGCUUCAAAUAAACUUAGUAUUACAGUAUGUAAUUGUACUGUAUUUGCUUAACUGAG